UUAUUUGUCCAGAUGAUAGUCGUCCCGUUCGAAGAAUUUAUUUCGAAUCAAUGCAGCAGAAUUCACAAGUUGAAGAAAUUUUGCAAGCGUCGAUCCGGGAGCUACUUCUGACGUCACUACCUAAUCUAAUGGGAGGCUGCAAACAAGGCAACUUCAAAAUUCCUUUCGUGCCUUAAGUCUUAUUAUAAAAUUAUAAAUGUUAGGAUAAUAUUUCAAAUAUUGCUUGAUACUCUUGUUUUACUGCUUUUGAUCAAUUCAUCGAUUGUCUGCGCCAUUGCUUGAGUAACAAACUGUAAGAUGCUUCAUGAAACGAUAUCAGCCUGUGUAUUCUCUUAAUAUCUUCUUCUUAACAUUAGGUUUUAUCUGCCUUGAAAUUUUGGCCCAUUUGUCAUUUUGACAAAUCAGGAGAGCAGAUUAUCAACUUACAUUAAAAAAAAAAAGCCUUAUGUAAUAUCAUCUGAUUUAAUUCCUUUGCUUUUGAAAUAAGGAUUUCCAAAUUGUCAGGAUCAUUUAACCAGAAACACUGAAAGUUUAUUCCAAUAAGCACCAACAGAAAAUUUUAUGCAGAACAAAUGAACUUGCUGUAACUCAUUAGUGCUAAAGGUAAUGAUGCCAUAAUUGUCAGAUUGUUAAGGAAAAGUUAGAACAAGAUUUUCUUUCGUAUUCAUGGCAAUAUAAUGGAAAUUGCAGUUGAUGUGAUAAUUGUAUUAUAAAUAGUUGCCAAUAAUUGUAACCUUAAUUGCAAUUAAUAAUGUAACAUUUUAAUAUAUUGUACUUGCUAUGUUAAUGCUGUUAUGUAUUAGAAUUUCCAUUUAGCUUCAUAGAUAUUCUUUUAAUCUCUCUGUAAUGAAUUUCAAUAGCAAAUUAUAAAGGUAGUUCUAAAUUUUUCUGCUUACUUGCAUAUCUCCCACAUUUCCUAACUAAGUUUUGUAACUUUUCCCCUUAAACAAUGGCUGUUGUACCAGCUUUAAAUAUUGCUGCACAGCCUCCCCAUUUAUCUGAGCAGUGCAGGAUUUACUUUAUGGGUAUGAAGGCUCACCAACUGUAUUCACAAAACAAUGCACAAGCUAUUUUUUCUUGUAAUUAUUGUAAUAAGACAUUUCCCCAUCAAGAUAUGUUGAAGGAACACAUAAAAUUCCACAAUGAAAGUCCGCAUGUUUGCAGUCACUGCAAUAAAGGAUUUAAUCGAAAAGAUAAGUUGAAUGCACACAUUUUAAUACAUACUGGCGAACGCCCUCAUUCCUGCACACAGUGUCCUAAAACUUUUGCUCGUAAAGAUAAAUUAAGUGCUCAUAUGUGCACACAUACAGGAGAGCAUCCUUUCACAUGUCAGCAUUGCGGUAAAGGAUUUGCUUGGAAGGACAAGCUUAUCAAACAUAUAAGAGUGCAUACUGGAGAAAAGCCUUAUGCCUGUAGCUAUUGUGGCAAGGCUUUUGCUCAAAAUGAUAAACUUGUCACCCAUUUAAGAAUCCAUACCGGGGAAAGACCAUUUGUUUGUAAGCAUUGUGGGAAAGGAUUUGCCCGGAAUGAUAAAUUGACCACCCAUAUUCGGUUGCACACAGGUGAAAGACCUUUUGUUUGUCAGACAUGUGGAAAAGGAUUUAUCCAAAAAGAUAAACUAACUACUCACAUGUUUACCCAUACAGGUAAUUAUCCUUAUACUUGUGUCCACUGUCACAAAGGGUUUGUUUGGAAAGAUAAAUUAAUUAACCAUGUCCGUACUCAUACAGGUGAAAAACCUUUUAUUUGCAAGGAAUGUGGUAAAGGUUUUGCCCAAAAUGAUAAAUUAGUAACUCACACUCGAAUUCAUACUGGUGAACGUCCUUUCAAAUGUAAAUAUUGUGGCAAAGGUUUUGCCCAAAAAGAUAAACUAACUGUACACACUCGUAUCCAUACCGGAGAACGACCUUAUGUUUGCAAAAUGUGUGGAAAGGGCUUUACACAAAAAGAUAAACUAACUACACAUAUUCGAAUUCAUACUGGUGAGUGCCCGUUUGUAUGCCAGCAUUGUGGAAAAGCUUUUCCUAAAAAGGAUAAGUUGACUGUUCACACAAGAUCUCAUACUGGGGAACGACCUUAUGUGUGUAAACACUGUGGAAAAGCUUUUGCUCGAAAUGAUAAGUUGACAGCUCAUGUUCGCACACACACAGGUGAAAGACCCUAUCCUUGUAUUCAAUGUGGCAAAGCUUUUGCUACUAAGGGCAAACUUAAUGUGCACCUUAAAACCCAUGCUGGUAAACUACCUUUUAAAUGUACGCACUGUGGCCUUGCUUUUGAUUCUAAAGAUAAACUAAAUUCUCACAUUGUAAUUCAUGAUGUUAAGUAUCCUUUUAUUUGUAAUCACUGUGGCGCUGGGUUUCCUUGCAAAGAUAAAUUAAGUACCCACUUGUUAAUUCAUAUUACUGAGAGCACUCAUGCUGCUCUGAUUGUACAUUCACUGCUUGGGAAGUCUAUAAAUGAAUUCAUCAAGUGUGACUCAUCUAAGUGUUUUUUAUAUUUAAUUUUUGAACAGUGCAUCUUAUUUUUAUUCUCAAUGUUGAAGAAUCCCUCCAUCGGCGAAAUGGCCGUGAACAUGGCCAAUAUAUCUGAGUUAGCAAGUCUUCACAUUCCUACUACUCAGUCUCAUGCAGACUGUGAACAAUGUCGUGUGUACUUUGUAGACAUAAAGACUCAUCAGCUGUAUACACAGCCACCACAAGAGCAAAGAUUUGCGUGUAAUCAAUGUGAUAAAAGUUUUACACGUAAAGACAAACUUGGCAACCACUUAAGGAUGCACUCUGGUGAGUGCCCUCAUGUCUGUAGCCACUGUAACAAAGCCUUUGCCCGUAAAGAUCAGCUCAAUGCACAUAUUCGCAUACACACAGGUGAACGUCCUUAUGUUUGUAAUUUGUGUAGUAAGGGUUAUACAAGAAAAGACAAGCUUGGGGCUCAUAUGUAUGUGCAUACAGGUUUGCACCCUUACCAUUGUCAACAUUGUGGAAAAGGGUUUGCCUGGAAAGAUAAACUUACAAACCAUAUUAGGAUACACACAGGCGAGCGUCCAUUUGUAUGUAAAUAUUGUCCCAAAACCUUUGCCCAGAAUGAUAAAUUGACAACUCAUAUACGAAUUCACACAGGUGAGCGACCCUAUGUUUGUAAACAUUGUGGCAAAGCUUUUGCCCGCAAAGACAAAUUGGGUGCUCAUCUGUGUAUUCAUACGGGAGAACAUCCAUAUAAUUGUCAGCAUUGUGGGAAAGGCUUUGCAUGGAAGGACAAGUUAACCAACCAUAUACGCAUACAUACGGGCGAGCGUCCAUUCGUAUGCAAACAUUGUGCUAAAGCGUUUGCACAGAAAGACAAAUUGACUGUCCACGUGCGCAUUCACACGGGAGAGAGGCCUUUUGUUUGCAAACACUGUGGCAAAGCUUUUGCUCGAAACGAUAAGCUAACAGCCCACGUGCGUAUGCAUACAGGUGAGAGGCCGUACGUGUGCACCACUUGUGGCAAGGCUUUUGCAAUGAAAAAUAAACUAAACACUCACAUGCGAAUUCAUACGGGAAAGCAUCCAUAUACAUGUAAUCAGUGUGGUAAAGGGUUCAAUAGGAAAGAUAAACUUAAUGCUCAUUUGCUAAUUCAUCUUGGGGGGAGCUCUUGUGCAGCAGCUUUCGUUGCAAAACCACUUCUUGCUAAGAUGCCAGACCUCACAUUACCAGGACCACCAACAAUGAUCCCUCAGCCGGUAUCAGUACCAGUUCCAGUACCCGUUACAAUGCCAGUACCAGUUACAAUGCCAGAUACAAAACCAAUGAUAGCUGUUACCGCUCCCCAACAUCCAGAGGUUGAGUUCAAAAGAAUACAAGACUUGAUUAUAAAAAAACUAAUUACAGUUUUCAGUUUAUCUUUAGAAAAAAAAAAAAAAAUCAAACUUCUAAUUGACAAUGGAAGAAUAAGAUUCUUCUGUGAAAAUUUCCAAUUGAAGAACUGCUUAAUAAUGGCCAAUGUUGUGAAUUUAAAUAUACCAUCUUGCCAACCUCACAAUAUAUGCCAGCACUGUCAUAUUUAUUUUGUUGAUGUGAAACCGGAACAUUACAAUGUCAAUAAUCAUAAUCCAGAAGUUAAAAGUCUAUUUCCUUGCACAUACUGUCAAAAAAGUUUUACUCGAAAAGAUAAAUUGAAUGAUCACAUAAAGAUACAUACUGGGGAAAGUCCACAUAUUUGUACUUAUUGUGGUAAAAAUUUCACUCGGAAAGAUAAAUUAACUGCUCAUAUUCGUAUACAUACAGGAGAAUGUCCUUAUGUUUGCACACAAUGUGGGAAGGGAUUUACCCGAAAAGAUAAGUUGGUAGCUCAUACAUAUAUUCAUACUGGUUUGCAUCCAUUUACUUGCCCACACUGUAGUAAAGGAUUUGCUUGGAAGGACAAACUGACAAACCACAUAAGAACCCACACUGGAGAACGUCCCUUUGUUUGCAAGCAUUGUGGUAAGGCAUUUGCUCAGAAUGAUAAAUUAACUGUACAUAUUAGAAUUCAUACAGGUGAAAGACCUUAUGUUUGCAAGCAUUGUGGUAAAGCAUUUGCUCGUAAUGAUAAACUGACUGCUCAUGUGCGUAUACAUACAGGAGAAUGUCCAUUUGUAUGUAAAACUUGUGGCAAAGCUUUCGCUAGAAAUGAUAAGCUAACAUCCCAUUCCUAUACUCAUACUGGAAAAUAUCCUUAUAACUGUCCUCACUGUGGUAAGGGUUUUGUAUGGAAAGAUAAACUCACUAAUCAUGUGCGGGUACAUACUGGUGAACGUCCAUUCGUUUGUAAGCACUGUGGUAAGGCAUAUGCACAAAAAGAUAAACUCACAGUUCACAUUCGAAGUCAUACUGGAGAAAGACCAUUUGUUUGCAAACACUGUGGGAAAGCAUUUGCACGUAAUGACAAACUCACCGCUCAUAUUCGUAUUCACACUGGAGAGCGUCCAUAUAUUUGCAGCCACUGCUCAAAAGCAUUCACUACUAAAGGCAAAUUAAAUAUUCAUAUGAGAACUCAUGAAGGAAAGUUACCCUAUGUCUGCACACAGUGUGGUAAGAAUUUUAAUAGUAAAGAGAAGUUAAGUGCUCAUCUAUUGAUUCAUCUUGGAAGUGCAAGUUGUGCUUCAUUGAUCGUUCAACCAUUAAUGGGGAAAAAUAUGGCUGUUUAAAGUAGUCUGCUAGUGUGUAUUGAAGUCAACUGCUGUAAAAAUUUCCACAUUGCAUUAAGAAACCUUAAUUUUUUUAGAGUGAAAAGAUACAAAUUUUUCUUCUUGGGACCUAUUUCAUGUGUGUUAUAAUAUGUAAAUCGGAAAUGUACUUAAAGCACUUGCAUUGAAUAAAUACUGUAAAUAAGUGAAUAUUUUCUUUAGUGAGACGAACAUUUUCUGAUUCUCUCUUUCCUUCUGAAAUAUUUGGUUAUUAAUUAGCCUGCGACUUAUUGAAUUAAAUAGAUUGAUUUGAUUUAAAAAAAUAAACAAGGUAGAUAUUAAAUAGCUAGAACAUAUUAUCUUUGUCGUGAACUGAAGAAGGAUGAAUAUUGCAGACAUCCAAACAAAUAAAAAAAAAAAGAUAUUAGUUAUUAAAUUUUGAAAC